AUGUCGACCACAGCCAGCGGUGCUGACAACUGGAUGCUGGUGCCGGACGAGUCCGGUCGAUUGCGGUUGGUCAACACGAAUCCGUACGAUUUGCCCGCGCCGGACAACGAGCUGGAACCGCUGUUCAACCCGGAGUCGGAUGUGAUCUUCCAGCUGUUUACCCGUAGCAAUCCGGCCCUCGGCCAGGUGCUCCAGUGGAACAAUCCGGCCUCGGUGCAGAAUUCCAAUUUUAAUCCGGCACACCCUACACGCUUCACGAUCCACGGAUGGAAUGGCGGCGGCACGUCCGGGCUGCAUGCGAGCAUCCGCCAGAACUACCUCGGAGUGGGCGAGUUUAACGUGAUCCUGGUGGACUGGGGUGUCGGUGCGCAGACCGUCAACUACAUCGCGGCCCGCAACCGGGUGGCCUCAGUCGGUGACAUUGUUUCGCGCAUGAUCAACACGAUCGUGACGGCAACCGGUACGUCCCGGGGCAACAUCAACGUAAUUGGCCACAGUUUGGGUGCGCACGCGGCCGGUAACGCGGGCAAGCUGCAGAACGGUCAGCUGAACACGAUCGUAGGUCUCGAUCCGGCCGGCCCGCUGUUCUCACUGUCAGACUCGGACAUCAUGGCACCUUCGGAUGCGAUCUACACGGAGUCGAUCUUCACCAACGCGGGGCUGCUGGGUUUCGAUCUGCCGCUGUCCGAUGCCAAUUUUUUCCCGAACGGAGGCCGCUCGCAGCCGGGCUGUGGAAUCGACAUUGCCGGCAACUGUGCCCAUUCGAGGGCCCACGAGCUGUUCGCUGAGUCCGUCUCGUCCGCUGGGUUCCGCGCGACGCGAUGCGCCAGCCACGGGGAGAUCAUCGCCGGACAGUGCACUAACACCGGUAACGCGGUGAUGGGUGGGGAGCCCUCGAACCAGGGCCGUGGCGUGAACGGUAUGUUCAUCGUGACGACCAAUGGCAACUCUCCGUUCGCUCAAGGUUAA